AUGCUUUCUGGGACGAUUCUCCUGUUAUUGACGGCCUUAGGGGCCGCUAAUAUUGCCUUUGCACAGACGAAUAUCACCGCCAAUGCCUGUGCAGACCCCUCUGCCUUUACCAGCUGCACGACACAAGCCCUAACAGCCAGUACGGGCUGCAUGAAUCUUUGUGCUGGGAAUAAAAUCUGUGUUCUUGGCUGCGGAUGUGCCAUGUACCAGUCCUACAUGAACUGUGUGGCCGAGUCAUGCUGGAAUCAGGCAUACUCCUGCGAAUACGACGAACUGGUAGCAGAAUAUUUCCUCGAAUGUCCCACGGCCACCGAACCGAUCCCAUACUGGCCAGCCCCAGAUAAUGCUCCUGCAGGCUGCUCGUGCAAUCUUGGCAAGGUAUUGCAGUCGGUUCUCAACGCGCAGAAGGAGUAUAAUUCGUGCAUUACGAACAAUACCUCGACCUCGGUGAUUGAACUAAGCAACAAAGACACUGCAUGUGGAUGUUGCGAGGUUAGCGCUGGACUAUCUGCUAUGUACGAGACCUGCCCCGAUACAAUCCCGGCCAAAAUGGGCGCAGACCUUUGGCUUAACACGGCAACUCUCUAUGGCGCGGUGAUCGAUUGGGAUACAUGCGGGAGUGUUCUGGACAACUACAAAUGCCCGAAUCUUGGAUUUGCGCCUCCGUCGUCCAAUUCUAGUACUUUUUACAAGCCCAAUAGUUUCCCUGCCAAUGGCACCCAGACGCUGUAUAAUACUGGGGCUGCGACUGCGCUCACUGCGCCGCCUAGUGGGUCGGUAUUCUCCUGGUCACAGUCAAGCGUGACGUACACUGUGACUGCGUCUCCGUGGAAGAACAACGAGGUCAAGGCGACUGGAACUGGUGAAUCCGAUGGUUCUGGAACUGGGACUGCUGGAGCUGCUGGAGCUUCUAAGACUUCGAGUACUGGAGCAGCUACAUCGUUGAAGCAGUCGGUCUCUGUUGUUUGGCUGCCGGUGCUCACGGUCCUCGCCAAAAUAAUGAUCGCUUAG